AUGAGUGCCGAUUUGGUCUGGGCUAUUAUCAAGAACAACAACUCUUUCCUUGUUAAGCGUCAACAUGUUCAGUUCUCUUCUGAACCCGCCAACUUGAAGAACAUCAACUCUUUCAAGUACUCUGGUCUUGCCAACUACAAGACUGUUUCUAUCCUCCCUGCUGCCCGUGGUGUUCGUGUCACUACUCGCAAGGCCAACAAGCAAAACUCUCCUGCCAAGUCUAUCAACUCUGUUGUCAUUGCCAAGACUCGUCGUCAAACUUCCAAGUCUGUUGCCAACUUGAUUGCCAAGAGCAAGUACAGACCUGAUCUCCGUGCUGCUGCUGUCGCUCGUGCCUCUGCUCUCCUUUCUACUCAAAAGGCUCGCAAGGUCCACGCCAAGCGUGAGUCCAAGGGUGUUCGUGCCAACAAGGCCUAA